UAAUAAUAAGUGUAAAUCAAAUAGCUACAAGAUGAUCAAAGUUUUGGAUAUGGUGUAAAUUAUUAGAUUAAAGUCCCCUCCCAUCAGCUGCUUUUUUUUUUCUCUUAGAGCUGAAUAUACAAACAAAUGAAUUGAUGAUCAACCUUCAAAAUUGACAUUUUAUAGAAGAUUUGCAAUGUUACUAGAUUUUGUUUUUUUGUGAUCUUGAUAUGACUUUGGAUGAUGAUGAAGUAGUUUUGGAAGCCACAAAAAUGGCACAACAGCAAAGCACACAUGAUGUCACAAACAGUUUUGGCAGAAAAAUCGAUUUAUUGUUAAGAAUCAAGGUCUUAAAGGUUGGUUUGGCUUCCAACGAAUGGAAAUCAACAAAAACAAAACACAUGUAUAUUCAGCAGCAAGGUAAAGGCUUUCGAUCUAACUGCUCGAUUUCAAGCGGAUUAUUUAUUCGAAGUAGUGGAAAUGUCAACAAACUUGUUGCAAUCGACUUCAUAGGUACGACUGGAUAUAUGUACACUCUUUCUUAAAUCACAUGGCAUACUUUUACUUUUAAUAAAAAGAAAUUGUUUUU